UGGAGCAUGGCCGGCGGCGAUGUCAGAAACGGGACCGGGCGGCGGCGGGCCGGGCGCGCUGACCGCUGAGCCGGCGUCUGGGUCGCCUUCUGUCCGUGUGCCGCUGUCGGAGUGAGGGGCCGCGCUGUGCCGCGUGGGCAGGACGAGUCUGGGGACGGUCUGUGUGAGCGGUGGGGCAGCGGGGCUGUGCCGGUGUGCGAACGGCCGUGGGACGCGCAGUGACGGGGAGCCGGCAGUGCUGCAGUAUGGCGGACGGGCCGCGCGCAGUGCCGUGUUUGUGAAAGUCUCAGCUGCGCGGCGGAUCGGUCGGCAGUGGUGGCGUCGGGCGACGGUGAACAGCAACAAUGGCGUUCCUCUGUCCUGUCAGGAUUCGGCGGAACAAGAAGAAGAAAUCUAACGAUGACACGGCCUCGGUGCGGACACCGGGGAUGGGCCGCAUCACCGGCUCGUCCAGUAUCGAGACCCUGGUGCGGGUCGGCAUCGAGAAGGAGAACGGCCUCUCCGCCGACAGCAAGAUGGUGGUGCUACACGACUUCACUCCGUGCGUGGACGACGAGUUGGAGGUCAAACGCGGCACGGUUGUGAACGUGCUGUACCAGGAGAACGAUUGGGUGUAUGUGAUAUCGGAGAGCAGUCAGCAGGAGGGCUUCAUACCGCACUCGUACUGCGCGCCGCACGGCUCGCAGCUGGCAGACCUCGCGCUCAGUGUCAAGAAGAAGCUUCCGCGCGAGCUGACGGUUCCGGAUGGCAGCGGGGCUGGACCUGGCGGUGGCGGCGGAGAGGCAGACCACAACACAAUCAUCGGCAACGCCAGCACAGAUCGGAAUGGUGUCGAGACGUCGGAUAACGACAGUUUCACGGAGGGUGGCCGGCCGGAGCCGCGCUCUACACCCUCCGGACACAGCGGACCCGCGCCCGACGUCCACCCCUUCUUCAAGGACCCGGCGGGCCGCUAUAUCGUGCUCUACACGUUCAUGCCGCGCGACGAGAACGACGUAUCGGUGGAGCGCGGAGAGUUCGUCACGGUGCUCAACAAGGAGGACCACGAGUGGUUCUGGAUCGAGCGCUCCGACGGCCAGGAGGGCUUCGUGCCGUCGGCGUUCGUGUACCCGGCCGACGUGCUGCCCGGCGAGGCGUUCUGGUCGCGCACCACGGCCGACCCGCCCCGGAAUAAACGCAGCCCCGGCGGUGAUCUGGGUCCGGGCGGCAGUCCCCCGACGCACCAGCAGUUCCCCUCGUCCCCCGGAGGUCACGGAGGUCACCACAUGGGGUCACCGGGUCAGGAUGACCCGCGGUUCCACGGCACAGAACUGGUCAUGCUCUAUGACUACAAGGCCCAGGCUCCUGACGACCUGUCGGUGCGGCGGGGAGACUGGAUAUACGCCGACCUCAACAACCAGACGGUGGACGGCUGGCUGUGGGCCUACUCACCCAAGUCGCGCAAGCACGGCUUUAUCCCCAAGGCGUACGCCCGCCCGCCCGCAAUGACGUCACUAUGACGUGCUUCAGGACAUGAGCCGCCAGUCUUCAGUGGCCAAAUGACGUCACUGGGACGGUACGAGGUGUGUUCGAUCAGCUCGGAGAGACUGAGGGGGCUAGAGACUGGUGUUAGAGACGGACGUCGGAGACCCGUGCUAGAUAUUCACGACGGCUGGAUGGCGGCUGGCAGGCGCCUGAAAUACUGUUUAACUGUGUUUAUUGUUCGCUGUUUGACUCAUGGUGACCACUGAACGUGCCAACGUAGCAGGACAAUCCGGAGGGACGCAGUCUGGGGAGUGGUGGGAACUUCAAGCAAAGUCCUGUGUGCGAUGUAUGUGAAUUGGGUGUAGAGUGAAUGUCUUGGGGCUAUACAUUUCGCGGGAUGAAGCUGCCAUACCAAUUAUAAUGGCCAAUGGCGGAACUGGCAGACUUGCGAGACUAAAACACUGCGGAGAGGUAGGUCUCCUCCUGUGCUGCGGCCUGAAGGACUCAUCUGCUCAUGUCUGCUGUGGCUAUUUAACGUUUAGGUAGCCGUGACACUGGGUUUUCUAACAUGAAAAAGCCUGUACGUUGCGGUGUCUUUGCUACCAUUGGAACUAUGCCAGCGAGUUUGUGUCCGUUGUGCUUGUGUGAUGAACUUCAUAAAAUUGAAUGCUUGCUAGCAUGAAGUGCAACAGGUGACGAUGUCAGUGAACGUGCAUUUUGCGCAUCGGUAAAGAGCGAAAGACUUCGUAUGAUCUUCAUAUCUUCGUAUGAGACCUGCUUUAUGCCUGCACACUCUGUACAUUAAAUUUAUCGAAGGACCUGCAUGGAUGAGAUAUGUGUGCGUUGGCUAUACACGACGUGAAUCCACCUUUCCAUGCUUCUAUCCUCAGGAUACUGAAAUCCUUCUCCUCCACGCCGUAACCCCCCUCCGGGCUGGACAGGCAACUUUAUCUCAUGCGGGCUGCUCCCUUGGAGCGGCACCGCUGCUCCUGAGGGAGCGCACCCCGUAGCCGGGUGCAGUGAGUGCCUUGGGGCUGGGUGGCCUGUCCUCUGGACGGGCUCAGCCCCGGCGACUCACUAGGGUGCCUGCCCAGACCAAUGUCUCCCCCUAAUUCCUAUCAUCCUUCCGGCUCUGCAAUGGUCUUGUCGACCGAAAGGGCCUAACCCAACAAAAAAAAAAAAAACAAACACGACGUGAAUGAAUGUAAUGUAUUGAGCUCGAAAUGUAACAGGUAGUACUCUUGUGUGCGCCAGGUGCUCAUAUCUUUUAGCCUCCUUCGAAUGUGAACGCUGCCACAGAGCCAUUGAUGGAAUGCUGUUACGAGACUGGCGACCUUAGCAGUCACGCCGAGAGAGACGAAAAGAAAAGUCCGUCCGAUCGGUGCAUGCGAUGCGUUUCAGUAAGUCAUUUGCAUCUCAUGCCCGGGGUCAUUCCGCUCUCUGCUUGUGGAAAUGAAUAAACUUAAUGUGUAUAUAAUGAAA